GCAACCGAUAUCGCAAAGGAGCCACUGCCCACUGGUCGCAACCCGCUCAACAGCAACCCUGGCAACGCAUUGAGCCAGCGCAGCCCCACGGACACCAAAGCAGGUGAAGACGACAAGAAGGAUGGCAACAGAGAUUCCAGCCUAAAGAUCAGAAUUGAGCUAGAUUUGGACGUCGAAGUUCACCUUACUGCGAGAAUCAAGGGUGAUAUUACCAUUGGCCUUUUGUAG